UUGGUACUUUUCAUUCGUCAUGAAAGCGAGCUACUGUUGUUUUACCGCCUGCUGGAAGUGGUUUUGCUAGCCAUAAAAGUGUGCCUGGUGUGUCUCGAAGGGUCGGACUGUGAAAAAGAGGCGAGUUGUGACGAAUGCUCUGGGGUGGCAUGCACUCGUAUUACAUCCUUCAACUUGGAGGACAAUCGAGAAGUGGCGCUUACUUGUAUACCAUACGAUACCAGGUCUGCGCUUAAAGGGCUUUAUAACACCACUAACAGCUUCUUCAGUUUCAUUCUUGAGGAAAAUCGAAGCGGCGCCACGAUUCUCAAGAAACUACUGGAGCAUGCAUUUAGUUCAUUUAUUGUGUUUGUUAGAACUACCUCUAACCGUAAUUAA